AAAUUAUUUUUCCCCGCGUGUUUCUUCCAAAACGGUAUUGGUUGUUAGCCUCAGGGUCGAGAGGCUUUAUGACCGGUAAAUCGGCCGUGGCGUUUUGCCGUCUUUAAUUCAUCGGCGAUGAAUUAAGACCUGAAGGCUGCGGGGGACCUUGUGCAAGGUCAGACCGGCGCAUGGAGCCCUGUUCCUACGUGGGGAGCGAUCGGGCAAGGUCCCGAAGUGGGGAUCGAUCCGAGGAAGGGGCCCGGGCAGAAAAUCCGCCGACAGCUCAGUCGAGUGAGGAAGACGAAAUGGCCGUCAUGAUCGAACAGAGGGGCUUUCGCCCGUUCAAGUCCUCCGAGGAAUACCUUUACGCCAUGAAGGAGGACUUGGCGGAAUGGCUCAACAACCUGUACCCGGAUCUUUACAUGACAGUGGACAACUUCUUCGACAGGCUGGACACGGGAGUGCUGCUCUGCAGACACGCCAAUCUUGUGAGGGAGUACGCUCAGAGGUACGUCAAGUGGAAAGGCGACGAAGGAAAGACGGAAUCGAAAGAGGCGUUUAACGUGUUGAAAUACCCUUCGGUGAAGUGCUUCAAUUCCGCGAAGCAGGGGACCUUCUUCGCCAGGGACAACGUGUCCAACUUCAUCGCCUGGUGUCGGCACGCUCUAGGGAUCAUCGACUGCCUCCUCUUCGAGACGGACGAUUUGAUACUCCUGAAAAACGAGAAGAACGUGAUACUCUGCCUGCUCGAACUCGCCAGGUGUGGUACCAAAUUCGGCAUGCCCGCACCGACUCUGAUUCUCAUGGAGAAGGAAAUAGACGAGGAGAUAGCUAGGGAGGCCGACGAAGGGGUCGACAUGAGUACGGACUCGGAACCGGAAGUCGGCCUCGGCCAGGGACAGAUAGUCACCAACGACCUCAAAAACCUCGACGACAUGGUGCGCGUACAGGUGCAGAUGUGCAAGUGUCCGACCCAGUUCCCGAUGAUCAGGGUCUCCGAAGGGAAGUACAGGAUCGGCGAUACCAAGGUGUUGAUCUUCGUCCGCCUCCUGAGAAACCACGUUAUGGUGAGGGUCGGUGGCGGGUGGGACACGCUAGCCCAUUAUCUUGACAAACACGACCCCUGCAGGUGCAGGACUUCCCACAAGACGGCCGUCUCGGCCAAGAUGACCGGAGCGAAGACGGGCGGACCCCAUAUCCAGAUCGCCAAAGCCAAAGUCACCUACGAGAGGAAGGAUAUCAGAAAAGAGACAGUCUGGGGUGCCCAGCCCUACUGCGAACCCCAUGUCCACGUAUCCCCGACUCCAUGAAAAAUGAAAUAAUCUCAGGUUUGACCACGAGAAUUUCAAGCCAAAUGUGUAUUUUAAAACAGGAUUAAAAAAAUAUAUUUAAUCAUUUAUUUAACUUCUAUCUCUCUUUUUCAUAGUGAUCCAUGUGCAAUAAUGGUGCAUUUUUCAAUUUUGUGAUAAUUAACCCUAAGAAAAGCUAAAACAAAAAAAAAUUAUAUACUUUUUCAAGU